CCUGGGCCUGGGCGGGGACGCCACCAACUGCCCAGGCCCGCGUAUAAGGGCGGCCGCUGCCUUAGCCACAGAGCUGCCCCGCCAUGACCUGGCUGAAAGUCCUGGCCCUGCUGGCUGGUCUUCUGGCGUCCUCGAGGGCCGGCUCCAGCCCCCUCGCGGACAUCGUGGGCGGCCGGAAGGCGAGACCCCGUCAGUUCCCGUUCCUGGCCUCCAUCCAGAGUCAAGGGAGGCACUUCUGCGGGGGAGCCCUGAUCCAUGCCCGCUUCGUGAUGAGCGCGGCCAGCUGCUUCCGAAACCAGAACCCGGGGACCGUCACUGUGGUGCUGGGUGCCUAUGACCUGAGGCGGCGGGAGAGGUGGUCCCGCCAGGUAUUUUCCAUCAGCAGCAUGAGCGAGAACGGCUACGACCCCCAGCAGAACCUGAACGACCUGGUGCUGCUUCAGCUGGACCGCGAGGCCAACCUCACCAGCAGCGUGGACACACUGGCACUGCCCCUGCAGAACGCCAUGGUGGAAGCCGGCACCAGAUGCCAGGUGGCCGGCUGGGGGACCCGGCGUAGUGGGGGGCGUCUCUCUCGUUUUCCCAGGUUCGUCAACGUGACCGUGACCCCCAAGGACCAGUGUCGUCCCAAUAACGUGUGCACCGGUGUGCUCGCCCGCCGGGGUGGCAUCUGCAAUGUAAGUGCUCCCCGCAGCGGGAAGAGGGGUCUUGAGAGGUAA